AUGCCUACCGAAGCUGGUCAUAGAUCGCAGGGUCGCCACCUGAGCUAUCAGCGUGGACGCCACAACACCCACCCCAGGACCAGCCUCAUCAAGAUCGAGGGUGUCGAUGACACGGCUGCUGCCAACUUUUACCUUGGCAAGAAGGUCGCGUACGUUUACCGGGGCCAGAAGGAGGUGCGCGGCACCAAGAUCCGUGUCAUUUGGGGGAAGGUGACGAGACCACAUGGUAACUCUGGUGUUGUUCGGGCGAAGUUCACAAACCCUCUUCCUGCGAGAUCUUUUGGCGCCUCGGUUCGCAUCAUGCUCUACCCCUCCUCGAUUUAA